AUGAUUACGGCUUCCCAUAAGAUUCCGCCCAAGUUGACCAACAACAACGUCAUUCGCCAGCCUCGCAAUUUAAAUAAUACAGGACGUCUCAGUGAAGGGCUUGAAAGAGAAGAAAACAUUUCUGUGGAUACCCUAGCUACGGAUCAGGAAUUCGACAAGGCAUUGGCAACCAAUAAACGCAAUCAUUUAAAAUCUAUUUUGGUAUGGAACAGUCCAGAACGAAUAGAAACAGCCGUUUUUGGAUCAGGUCACGAGCCGUUUGUUCGACAUGGAUGCGACGUUUCCCAAUGUGAAAUAUUCCAUAACGAAACAGCUUUGCCACUAAAAGAUUACGACGCCAUCAUCAUGAACAUGCAUGUCAUCUGGUUAACUGAAUUACCUUACUUUAAAAGACGACCACACCAACGUUUCAUCUUUAUGACGCAAGAGUCGCCAGCCUCGAUGUUUUUACUUAACGUCAAUAAACUGAAAAACUAUUUUAACUGGACGAUGAGCUACAGAUUGAAUUCAGACAUCCAAUUCUUGUACGGUCGCAUCCAGCCCGGACCUUCAGCUCCAAAGACCGCCAUGGAAAGGCGGCGAUUGAUUGAGACAAUGCAACAACCGUCAGUCAAAAAUUAUGCUGUCAAUAAAAAUCGGCUGGCAGCCUGGAUGGCGUCUCAUUGCGAAACACCCAGUUUAAGGGAGACUUAUGUCAAUCAACUAAAGAAAUUCAUUUCGAUUGACGUUUACGGAGAAUGUGGCAAACUAAGUUGCAAUCGCAACGAAUCGCAUUGGCUCUCAGAUGCCGAAUGCUACGUUAUGCUGGAAGCCAAAUACAAGUUCUAUUUGUCGUUUGAAAAUUCCAUCUGCGAAGAUUACGUCACGGAAAAGUUUUUUGAGAUCAUGAAACGUAACAUUGUACCGAUCGUGUACGGUGGAGCCAAUUAUACUCAGAUCGCUCCCCCGCAUUCGUUCAUCGAUGCCUUACAGUACACGCCGGAGACGUUGGCUCAGUACUUGAAAGUACUAGAUGCCAAUGACACCCUUUACAACGAAUAUUUUUGGUGGAAAAGUCACUAUGUGGUAGAAGCUGGCGUUGAGCAAAUGGCUCGACAUGGCUUCUGUGAUUUGUGUAAACAACUUCAUCAAGACAGAGAAGUAACCAAAUAUUAUUCAGACUUGACGUCAGAGUGGCACCCGAAGAACAAAUGUAAAUAUUUCAAUUCGUGGGCAUCUUAAUGUUGAAUAAAACUU